AUGGCAUAUUCGAGAAGAUUAUGGGCAUAUUCGAGAAGAUUAUGGGCAUAUUCGAGAAUAUUAGAUAUUUUUUUUCCUGGCAAAUAUUUAGAUCGAAAAGAGUAUACUAAUCCUUUUCUUAACCUUAUAGACAAACUUGAAACUGUUGAAAAUAAUGAUGCUUUCUAUUAUAACCCAUCCAUGGAAGCCAUCAUGAAUUUUGUUUGGUACAUGUCUAAAUCACAUUGGC